AAGUUGAAACCCACGUAUCUUUAUUUAUACUGCCAACCUUCCCUCUCUCUUUUCUUAAACCAAAACAAUUCUUCCUUGAAAAAGUUUUCCUGAAAAAGACCAUGUCUGAAUCUCGUGUGCGUUUGCAUUUUCUCUUGCUAAUCUUGCUCUGUUUUGUCUCCCGUUCAAGCUAUGCUGCUUGUCCUCCCCCUCAGAUUCAAGCUCUCACUGAGUUCAUGAACGAGUUUGAUAGCAGCCACUGCAACCUCAGUAAUCCCUUUAAUGGAGUCUGGUGCGAUAACUCUACCGGUGCAGUCACAAAGCUACAACUCAGUGCCUGUCUCAGCGGAACUCUAAAGCCCAACAGUAGCCUAUUCAGGUUACAUCAUCUUCGUUACCUUGACCUCAAUCAAAACAACUUCAUCUCGUCUUCACUUCCUUCUGAAUUUGGCAAUCUCAACAGGUUAGAGUUCUUAUCUCUUUACAAUAACCGCUUCGUAGGCCAAGUUCCUUCCUCAUUUAAUGACCUAAACCUCCUUUCCUUUUUAGACCUUUCCCAAAAUGAGCUCACCGGUAGAUUCCCACUUGUAGGGAAUCUAACAAAGCUCUCUUCUUUAUAUCUUUAUCAGAAUCAUUUCUCAGGAUCUCUGAAUCCCAACAGUACUGGACUUUUUGAGUUGCAUCACCUCCGUUAUCUUUAUCUUGCUUACAACAACUUCAGUUCAUCACUCCCUUCUGAGUUAGGAAACCUCAACAAACUUGAGAUCUUGUCUCUUUCCAUCAAUGACUUUGUCGGGCAAGUUCCUCCCACAAUUAGUAACCUAACCUCGUUAACCGAAUUAUACCUUGAACAUAACCAGUUCACUGGUAGUUUCCCACUGGUACAAAAUCUUACCAUUCUCUCUGUUCUAUAUCUUGAUUAUAACAACUUUUCGGGAACCAUUCCUUCUUCUCUCACCACUAUGCCUUUUUUAUCAAAUCUCGAUUUGAGGGUAAACGAUCUUAUCGGCUCUAUUGAUUUUCCUAACAAUUCCUCUACCCCAUCUAGGCUCGAGUACUUGUACCUUGGCCAUAACCAUUUUGAAGGAAAUAUCAUUGAGCCUAUCUCAAAGCUCAUCAACCUCAAGCUUCUUGACCUUUCUUUCCUAAACACAAGUUACCCGAUUGAUGUAAGCCUCUUCUCCCCGCUAAAAUAUUUGCUGCACCUUGAUCUUUCCGGUAAUAAGAUAUCUCCGGCCAGUUUAGAUACAAACUUAGACAUCCCAAUAAACCUAGAGAUAUUGUUGUUACAAGGUUGCGGCAUCAACGAGUUCCCAAACAUCUUAAAGUUCCUUGACAAGUUGGAGAAUAUAGACAUUUCAGGAAAUGUAAUCGAAGGGAAAGUCCCUGAGUGGUUAUGGAAGCUUCCUCGUCUAAACACGGUGUUUCUUUCAAAUAAUUCAUUUCGUGGUUUCCAAGGUCCAGUGGAUGUUCUGGUAAAUUCAUCGGUGAAGAAUUUAUUUGUGGAGCAAAACUAUUUUGAAGGAGCUAUUCCCAUUCUACCACUCUCCAUCAACGUCUUCUCUGCGUUAGACAAUAGAUUCACAGGGAGCAUACCUCUUUCGAUUUGCAACUAUAAGUCUCUGACGCUUUUGAGGCUACCUUACAACAACCUCUCGGGACCAAUUCCUCAGUGCUUGAGUAACUUGACGUUUGUGAAUCUUCGGAAGAACAACUUGGAAGGAAGUAUUCCUGACGCCUUUUAUAUCAGUUCAUCUCUACGAUCACUUGACGUUGGACACAAUCGAUUAACCGGGAAGCUUCCAAGGUCUCUUCAGAACUGCUCAUCUCUAGAGUUUCUAGUUGUUGACCACAACCGAAUCAAAGACGAGUUUCCUUUUUGGCUCAAGGCGUUACCAAACUUGCAAGUCCUUAUCCUCAGUUCAAACAAAUUCUAUGGCUCUAUAUCUCCUCCUAAUCAAGGUCCUCUCGGGUUUCCGGAGCUGCGUAUAUUUGAGAUAUCUGAUAAUAAGUUUACUGGAAGCUUGCCACCAACAUACUUUGUCAACUGGAAAGCAUCUUCACUUAUGAUGAACGAAGAUGGUGGUCUAUACAUGUUAUACACGAAAAAUACUUAUGGGACAAUAUCCUAUAUCAAUAUGGAAGCUAUAGAUUUGCAAUACAAAGGUGUAUCAAUGGAGCAACAGAGGGUCCUUACCUCCUAUGCUACCAUUGAUUUGUCCGGGAACAGAAUUGAAGGACAGAUUCCUCAAUCAAUUGGUCUUUUGAGAGCAUUGAUUGCACUCAACUUAUCCAACAACGCCUUCGCAGGCCAUAUUCCUCUGUCUCUCUCCAAUCUUGGCAAGCUCGAGUCACUUGACCUAUCAAGCAACCAACUCUCAGGGACUAUUCCUAAUGGACUUGGGAGCCUCUCGUUUUUGGCGUACAUAAACUUGUCUCACAACCAGCUCAAGGGUGAAAUACCACAAGGCACACAAAUUACAGGACAACCUAAAUCUUCAUUUGAAGGGAAUGCAGGGCUUUGUGGUCUUCCUCUCCAGGACACUUGCUUUGGGACUAAUGCGCCAUCGACACAGCAACCUCUGGAAGAAGAAGAAGAAGGAGAAGAAGAGGAACAAGUGUUGAACUGGAAAGGUGUUGCAAUAGGGUGUGGACCUGGAGUGUUGCUUGGACUUGCAAUAGCACAGCUCGUUGCAACAUACAAACCGGAGUGGCUCGUUAAGAUAAUUGGUCAGAACAAGCGCAGAAGUCGUUAGAAAUUGUUUUCAGUUUGAGUAUGAUCCUUCAAUGUGUGUCAAGUGGUUGAUGAUUUCUCUUGUAUGGAGGCAUCUCUUUAUGUUUGUUGUAUCAUUAUCUGAUGUUUCUUUUUAUCUAUUUCCUUUUUCUAUAAAGUAAGAAGGAUGAAUGUUUUGAAGUCAA